AUGGCGACGAUCUUCUCAAGGGCAGCGCCUCUGCUAGCUCCACAAUGGGGUCAGCCACAGGCCCGUGGUAUGGCCACGCUAAAAGAAAUUCGCCUCCGUCUGAAGUCGGUGAAGAAUAUUCAGAAAAUCACCAAAUCCAUGAAGAUGGUGUCCGCAGCCAAGUAUGCCAAGGCUGAGAGAGAGCUCAAGCCUGCUCGUUCCUAUGGUGUUGGAGCCAAGGCUUUCUAUGAAAAGGCAGAGGUCAGCCAGGACACUGCCAAGCCGAAUCAUCUCGUAGUGGCCAUGUCCUCAGAUAGAGGCUUGUGCGGUGGCAUCCACUCUUCAGUGGUCAAGCACAUCAAGGCCAAGAUUGGGACAGAAGGCCCUGCUGUAAACACCAGGCUGGUUAUCGUCGGAGACAAAGCCAGGGGGAUCUUGCAGAGGACUCAUGCACAGAACAUCCUGUACACCUUCAAUGACUAUGGCAAGAGACCACCCAACUUCGCUGAUGCUGCCUUAGUGGCCAACGUGAUCCUGGACUCUGACUUCAAGUUUGACAGGGCUACUCUUGUUUUCAACACUUUCAGGAGUGUGAUUUCCUACACACAGACCGAGUUACCACUGUUCCUGCCUUCAGCCGUCGAGGGAGCCAACAAGUUUAACCUCUAUGACAGUAUCGAUGACGAGGUUCUGAAGAGCUACAAUGAGUUCUCCCUGGCUAGCCUCAUAAUGUUCGCAAUGAAGGAAGGGGCCUGCAGCGAACAGAGCUCAAGGAUGACUGCUAUGGACGCUGCCAGUAAAAAUGCUGGUGAGAUGAUCGACAAGCUGACCUUGACAUUCAACAGAACUCGUCAAGCCGUCAUCACAAGAGAGCUUAUCGAAAUUAUUUCUGGAGCUGCAGCUCUAUAA